AUGGCUGAAAGAGAUGAGUACCGCUCGAAGCUGCGAACACCAAAGAAGGAAGUAAAAACAGAACCGCUUCUAUGGGCGCGUUUAUCUCCAGCAUUUGAUCACGCGCCUACAUUUAGCUAUUCCCACUUUUUAAAUACACCCAGCCCUGCAAAAACCAGAGCUCCUGCUGUCGCCUUUGAACAAACCUCCUCGUUCAGCCCUCACAAGUCGGGUUAUUUCUUGCGGACGCCCAGCCCUUUCAAGCAGAAUCCGAAAAGCCCACUAAAGGUUGGAUCUGGUGUCAAACAGGAGGUGUCCUCUACCCCAAGCCCACAUAAAACCUAUCCUGGCACAGAUCUUUUUGGAAAUAGAUCACUAUUGGACAAUCUUCCCAUGCCAGAGUGGGAUGAACAUUUUUUGGACAAUUUUCAAGAGGACUUACUUUUUGGCAUCGGGAGUGAGGACAUUGAGGGGCUGGGUCGCAGUCCUCUGAAGAGUCCCAAAAGAGGUCACACGUUUCUUAGCAGCAGCCCUUUUAAAAGUUCUCCUGGGGUCAGUCCAUUUAAAAGUCCGCUACUGACCUCCAGUCCUAAGCUUCCCGUUGAUAGUCCUAGUAAUUUUCUCAAGACUCCGGAUCUUGCUAAUGGAAGACCCUUAACGAGGCAGAGAAAACUGUUUCUGCAGAGUCCAGAGCGGCAGUUGCCCUCUGUUUCUGGGACUAAUAACUGGCCCAGGUCUCUGCCUUUUUCAUCUCUGGAUGAAACAUCAUCGUCCAUGUACAGUGAUGGCCAUGAAACCACAACAUCCAUACAGAGCAUUUCUACCUAUCUCAGGAAUUUCGAUGAAGGAGAUCAAGAGGAGGACUACACAGUGAUGCCCCCUGUUGGCUGGGAGACACAGAGCAUUUCUGACUUUUCUGAGAACAAAUUCCAAGGGAAGGGAAAGAAAAAGAGUUUAAAGUUCAGAAGCUGUGAAGUGACGAGUGCUGUUCAGAAAGUUCAUAGUUCAACUUUAACUUCCAUGCCGACAGCUACCUGUUCUGCAAGUGCAAAGAAAAUGAAAUCGGAGCCGCAGUUUACUCUGCUUCGACCUCACACAGAGCUUCAUAACAACCAGAUUUGCCUACGUCUCACGACGGGCACCCCACCAAACAAGAUCAAGAUUUCCAGAGACUUCUCACAGAUUCAGACCCUUCCCUCCAAAGAACAGUUACGUAUUGUCCGCAACAGAUUCCGCGAGACUUUGAACAAAGCUGUGGAACAAGUCAUAGAGAAGGAGAAAGCCAAGAAAUCAAGAGAUCAAGGAAAGGUCACAGAUCCGGCUUUGAGAAAUGCACUGCAAAGACCAGCCUUGAUGCAGGCAACAGCUCUUGCCCCAGCGACUACCUCAGGUGUUUGGAGUAAUCAGAGCGCUCGAAAGCCGCAGAAGAGAAAACGGUGCAUGACUUAA